AUGGCGCGUAUUCGAGAGGACCAGGUUCGAGAUGUAGCUAGGGUAUUGCACAUUUUUCGUAUUUGCUUCUUCCUCCCAGCAUGCCUUCGCGGUGAAACAGUAGCACACUCGAGGCAUAUUCGAGAUGUCCCAAGUUCGAGUCCCGGCCAAGGUGCACAUUUCGUCAUCUCCUGCUUAGGAAAAAAAAAGUCUUUAUCUUUGAAACUACGGGAGGUAAAGGUUCCCGCCGUGGUAAUCAAAGGAGAUGAUGUCUGGCUAAACUGCACUUACGAUCUAGAGAAAGAGAAAUUGUAUUCAAUUAAAUGGCAUAAGAAUAACGUGGAAUUUUAUAGGUACUUACCAGAAGAUCAACCACCUGGCCAAGAAUACGAGCUUGCAGGAAUUCAUAUAGACCUCAGCAAAAGCAGCAAAGGCAACAUCUACAUGCCGACGACGGAUGUCAAUUCAGAAGGAAUUUACAGGUGCGAAGUUUCCACAGAAGCUCCUUCUUUCCAAACAGUGAAGGGAGAACAAGAAAUGAGGAUAUAUGUGAAUCCUAGCACUAAGCCACAGAUAACUGGUAACAAACCACAUUACGGAAUAGGUGAAUUGGUCAAUGUAACUUGCAUAUCUGCACCAUCCAGACCUGCAGCAGUUCUCAAGUGGUUCAUAAAUGGUCUUGAAGCUAGUAAUGACCAAAUAAGAAGAUACCAGCCAAAGGAAUCUCCAGUGGGGCUGUAUACCUCCAUACUAUUGCUUAGGUUCUAUGCCAAACACGAGCAUUUCUAUGAAGGCAAAAUGAAAAUACAGUGCGAAGCCAUCAUUUCGCAAGCUCAUACACUUAGGAGCGAAGAAAUUACCAUCUCUAAUAAUACUACAAAAGCAGCCACGGCAUCUAAUGCAGGAUUCGACUCAAUGAAAGAUGGCCCUACUAUAUCAGGUGGGAAGAACGAAUACCAAGUAGGUGAAAUAGUUGAUGUCAAUUGCACAGCAUCUAGAUCCCAACCUCCUGCAGAGCUGCACUGGUACAUAAAUGAUAAAGAGGUACGCAACGAUAGCUUGGUUCAUCGACUACCCAUCGAGUAUAAUAAUGGAGAAGUAUCCACCGUUCUGGGGCUCCGAUUCGAAGUCAAAUCUCGUCAUUUCCAGAAGAAUGAAAUGAGAUUACGUUGUACCGCUACAUUGUCUGAAGUCAAACGGAUGACAAGUGAUCCAUUGGAGGUAGAAAUUGCUGAGCAGCAGAGGUCUGAUCUUCAUGUUGAUUUUAAUGUAGAGUCAGGUAAAGAGGGUAAG